AUGCCCGACGAAUUCAAACUUCUUAGGGUGUCCCUGCAAUGGUUGCCAUGGAGUGCCCGCCCUUCUUCCGGCUGUUUCUUUCCCUGCCCACCUGCCACUAGCGGCUUCCCCCGCAUGGGCGACUUCCCCGUGGACCCCGCGGAGCGAGCGUCCUCACCGCAGUCAGAGGCUGCGAGUGGGGUCGCCGAGGGCGAGGAGAGCGAGAACGCGAGCGAGAGGCUCAGCGGGAACGCGGUGGAUCUGCGACGCGCACUGGUGCGAAAGGUGGCGCAGUUGACCAAAGUGGUGAUGCAUUUGACGUCCUUGAAUGAUGCAGAUGAGAAGCAGUACGAGGAGCUUCAAGCUGAGUUGGAGUGUGAAGUUCAGUUGGUGAUGGAGAAAGCGCUCAAAGAGAUGGAUGCCGAGCGGCACAAGCUGACAGAGUUGGCGGACAAGACCUGCUUGCAGGAGAACUCCCGGCGCCUGGAGCAACUCUUCGGUCCCCAGCGGCAGAGUUUCGCUGACGAGCUGCGCCGCGUGCGCCUCAGCGGCGAGGCGCUGCGGGCGAAGACGCUGGAGGCGGCGGAGCGGCAGCUCGCGGCGACGAGGUCGAAGGUGCGUGACGUCUCCGAGAAGAUGCAGGACAGUCUGCAGCGCUAUCGGCAGACGUUGGCGCUUCGCGCCAAGGAGAUGCAGCAACGCCAUGAGGAGCUGAGACAGGAUCGCCAGGCUGAGCUUCAGGUGCUGGAGCAAGACUUCGAGCGGCGCUUGGAUGAGCUCCGGGGCUCCCUCCGGCGCGAGGCGGAGCAUGCGAAGCAGAGCACGGAGCAUGCGAUGCUGCACAUGCGCCGGACGCAUGAGGCCGAGACCUCCAGCUGGCAGAUGCAGGCCUUGCAGCGUCGGCAGGAGCGCAUCCAGCGCCUGGAGCUGGACUUUGCGGAGGAGCGCCGGAGGCUGGAGCAACAUGCCAACAGCUCGGAGCUGGAGCUGGGGCAGCUGAAGAAGGACUUGUUGGACUUCAAAGCAUCCUACAGCUUGGUGGACCAACAGGUGGACGCCAUGCGCGGCACGCUGGACGAGAUGCGCUUGCGCGCGGAGCGGGCGCAGGCGGACGCCGACACGGCACGCGCGGAGGCGGCGCAGGCCGAGGUGGACGCUGCGGCGUUGGCCAAGGAGAUCGCGCUGCUGGAAGUGAGGCAGCGCUCCGCGGGGAUUCCUCCAGGUGUGAUGGCUCCUUUACCGCCCAACACCCCCAAGACACCUAAACCAGCUAACGGCUUGACCGAUGAGCUUCGGGAAGCGAUUGGAAACAGCAAGCAGUUGGAGCAUGAAAUUGCACAGCUGGAGGCUGAGCUUGGAGACUUGGAGGAUGAGCUGGCGGAGAAGGACAAGACGGUGGAGAUCCUGGAGCUGGAGACCGAGGAGGAGCACAAAGGCCUGGGCGUGAUGGAGAAAGCCAGGCCAGCAGGGAACUUUGACUUCGAAGUAGGCGCGGUGGACCGCUGGCAGCAGAUCCUCCAGCGCUUCGGCGGGCCCAGCGCCGUGGAGGACUGGAGGCGCUUGAUGGCGAAGGCUCAGCCGCUGGGAGAGAUCUCCAAGGGAGUACCAGCUGCCGCUUUGAGAUCAGUGGCACCAGAUCUGGGAUUUGUGCUGCCCUCAAGCUGCUUGCGUUUCCACUUCCUUCCAGAAUUUCAGUCCGCACGCGAGGAGCUUAGGCUUCAGAGAUAUGUCUCGCGACUUCCACCGUUGUUGCUCAAUGGCUUGAAGUUCCAGGCGCCCUUCAGCGACCUCUUGCAGGAAGCAGGUGUGAGCGACCACUUCGUGAAGAAGUGGGUGGACUACCUCUGCUUCGUCCUCCAGGCAAAGCUUCGGGAUUCUGGAAAGGGCUACAACGCGCAUGUGGAGAAGAUUCUGGUGGAUGGCGGCCCUGUGCCCUUCACAGCUCGAAUUGAUGCUCUUCUUUCGGACGACUCACGGCGGUGUGGCUCCUUCAUGCAUUUACACUUGGGCCUCAAGGCCGAGGGCCUGCCCUCCGACAUGCCGCUGCACUACAGCGUCAUCCGGGACUGGGAGGAGCCCAUCGAUGCCACGGGCAACGUGGUGAUCAUCAGCGUCCCAAGCGUGGUGAACUCCCAGUUGGCGCCGCCAGGGAGACAUUGCUUGCACGCCUACCUGGCAGCUACCGAGCCCUUUGAGCCCUGGAGGAAUCUGGAUCGCCGAAGCCCUGAGUAUGAUGCCAUGAAGAAAGAACGUGCCCAGCCGCUCUGCGAGGCAGUGGAGCGGGCGGUGCCUGGAGCCCUCAAAAAUAUUGAGCUGGAGCUCAUCGGCUCUCCCCUCACUCACGCGAGGUUCAAUCGCAGGCAUCAUGGCACCUAUGGGCCGCUGAUGCCAGCUUCAGCUGGAAUGCUGCCAGGUGCGUCGACGCCCAUUGAUGGCUUGUUGCACUGUGGUGACAGCACUUUUCCGGGGAUUGGCGUGCCUGCUGCGGUAGCCAGUGGUUUCUCAGCGGCCAAUGUGCUGCUGUCAGUCGACGAACACUUGGAGGCCUUAGAUGCGAUGAGAAUACCUUAG